UCUCAUUGUCCUUGUUCACUGACCAAAUACCACUCACUCAAAGAUUUCCUAUUGUCUCAUUGCGACUCAUUUUCUCAACAUGACAUCGUUCUGGAACGUAGGCGCAAUCUUUUUCAGUCUUUUGGCAGGACUCUCUCAGGCCAAUCUUCUUGGUGACACUCAUAUGCUCAAGAGGUAUCCUCAAGCCGUUGAGGUACCACCAGCUGCCGCACAUUCCCCCAGCACUAUUCUACCCGGUAAUGGUAGCGCUGUUGGUACUUCCACUCGCGUCCUCCUCCCAACUUCAACGCGUCAACUAAUUGAUGCCACUACGCUUCACUCUCUUCACUCUCGAGAGAGUACUGGCGUCAGUACUGGAACCGGUACAGAUGGAAACGUUGGUAAUGGUGCCUCUGAGCCUCCAGUCAUCCAACUGGGAGCAUCUCUGUCUCGUCGUCCGAAGGCGGUGGCACUUCUGUCACUUCUAUCGAAGUCGACUGGACCGGGUUACUUCCCGUCACUCCAUCAGUCAGCCAAUCUUUCCGCGGAACUACACACCAGCCAACUGGAGAAGACCCAGCUGCCACUGAGCUAUCCACUGGCACCACGUCUGAUCCUGAUACCUCUUUCGACGACGGUACGGUAGGGCAACUGAACCAAGUACUACAGAUAUCUCACUUCAUCCAACAUCAGUAACUUUGUCGGAUAACCGAUGGGCCCAUCCAAGAACCCAUCACCACCACUAUAGACAGGACGAUCUUGGUCUGGUCAGCUUACGUACUCGACUACAUCAAUAUCCCAGGUGUUACGAAGAUCACUCAGUCGGUCGGCGUAGGUGAAACUUCAACAGUGUCCACUCCAUUGCCGAGUCAAACUGCUGUAGAUAAUGAUGGUGGUGGACAAUGCGGCACCGGCGAUGGUCUGUCUAAGAAGGGACUUCGUGAGGCUUGCGACAGAGCGAUCAAUAAGUAUGAGGAUGACAAGAUAUACAGCGACUAUGUUUCUCGCUACAGUCGUGAGAGUUCCAAGGAGAAUGACGGUAUUAUUAUCUGCGGACAUAUACGCCUUUCCAACUCAUGGACUAUCAUUAUGGACUACUGUACCAACUGCAAAACUCGAGGCUAGACGUUACGUUAAAGUUUUUAACACUGGGUCCUUCUAUGGGUCAUAUGUACUUGAUUUAUGCUUAACAAAAAAAGC